AUGGGUAAUAAACAGCAUAUUGAAGAGCAUGCAUAUCGUUCUACUGUGGAAAACGCUCUAGAAGACUAUCAUGAACAACCAGAACAUUACCUUGACUAUAUCCAUGAACCUAGCAGACCCCAGCCGAUUCAAUACCAGGCAUUGAAUUAUAGUGGGCAAACACAUGGAGCUAACAUCCAACAUCAGUCACAAGAGCUACCUAACCAUAAUGAGGGUCAAUUUAUAGACAAUGAUAGACAUGCUUUUCAGCAACAAUGGGAUCAAAGACAGUUCGAGGUACCUACUUAUGGAAGUAAUGCCAAUUAUGAUGACGGCUAUAACCGUGAACAAAAUAAUAAUUUUACACAUCAAGCAAAAUAUGAAGAUGACUAUAAAAGUGAGCAUUUCGUUUUUGACUCGACCAGUAAAUCAUAUGAACUAGCCGAUGAAGGAACUGGCAGUAUAAUCGAGGCGAAUGGAGAAGAUAACUACAAUAUCAGCACAUACUAUGAUGAUAAUGAUCAAAUGAUAGAUCCAUACUACGACUCAGGACAACGAUAUUAUCCGAACUAUAACAAUAAUUAUCCAUAUAUUAUUCGUGACAAUUUCGAUGAGGAAAAUGAUUUAAGUAAUAGUAUAAUUAACGGUUACUUGAAAAAUUACGAUGAUGAAGAAGGAAUGGACGAUAUGAAUACAUUGGAUAAGCUACGAUUUGAUACUGAUGAUCACACUAUUUCUGAUGUAUCAUCGGCAGAAACAAGAGUCUCCGCUAAAGCCUCACCUAAAAUAAAUAAAGCUGUGGGAAUCAGUAGAGCUAGCACAGUUCUUAGAAAGUUCAAACUUUGGAAUGGUAAUUUUAUCUUUGAUUCUCCUAUAAGUAAGUAUUUGUUGGAAAAAUAUUCUAUCGCUGCUACUGAAAACCAAAACUUACUAUCAAAUGAAUUUAAAUUUAUGAGAUACCAAGCUAUUACAUGUGAACCAGAUAAACUAGCUGAACAAAACUUCACUGUCAGACAGUUGAAAUAUUUCAAAGGUAGAGAAACAGAGCUAAUGAUUGUUAUCACCAUGUAUAAUGAAGAUCAUAUUCUACUGGGUCGUACCUUAAAAGGUGUCAUGGAAAAUAUCAAACGUAUGGUCAGAAAAAAAAACUCCAAUACAUGGGGGCCUGAUGCUUGGAAAAAAAUUGUAGUAUGUAUUGUUUCAGAUGGUCGUUCAAAAAUUAAUGAGAAAGCUUUAUCAUUACUCAGUUCUCUGGGAUGUUACCAAGAUGGUUUUGCAAAAGAUGAGGUUAAUGAUAAAAAAGUUAAAAUGCAUGCAUAUGAACAUACAACAAUGAUGAAUAUUACUGAAGUAUCAGAAAAGGAUAUUAAGUUAGAAUGUAAUCAAAAUACAGUUCCAGUUCAAUUACUCUUUUGUCUAAAAGAACAAAAUCAGAAAAAAAUUAAUUCGCAUAGAUGGGCAUUUGAAGGUUUUGCAGAAUUAUUACAACCCAAUGUUGUGACAUUAUUAGAUGCAGGUACAAUGCCUGGUCCUGAUUCCAUUUAUCAACUAUGGCGUGAAUUCAGAAAUCCUCAAGUAGGUGGUGCGUGUGGUGAGAUUAAAACAGACAUUGGUAGAUUUGGUAAAAAUCUAUUGAAUCCAUUAGUCGCGUCACAGAAUUUUGAAUAUAAAAUGUCAAAUAUUUUAGAUAAAACUACUGAAUCUAAUUUUGGGUUUAUUUCGGUAUUACCUGGUGCAUUUUCAGCUUAUAGAUUUUAUGCCGUUAAAGGACAACCAUUAGAGAAAUAUUUUCAUGGUGAACAUAUGGAAGGUGAUCAAAAGAAUUUCCAUUUUUUUUCAUCUAAUAUGUAUCUGGCAGAAGAUAGAAUCUUAUGUUUUGAAAUUGUCACUAAAAAGAAUAGUAAUUGGAUUCUGAAAUAUUGUAAAGAGUCAUAUGCAUCUACUGAUGUUCCUAGUAGGGUUCCUGAAUUUAUCUUACAAAGAAGACGUUGGUUAAAUGGUUCGUUUUUUGCAUCGAUAUAUUCAUUCUGUCAUUUCUAUAAAAUUUGGUCAAGUGGGCACAGUAUCUUUAGGAAAUUGAUACUAAAUUUUGAAUUUUUCUAUUUAUUUUUCAAUACAUUGAUGUCAUGGUUUUCAUUGAGUUCAUUUUUUUUGGUAUUCCGUAUAUUAACAGUUUCACUUUCGUUACAAUAUCAAUCAGUUUUCAAUAUUUUAUCAGUUGUAUUCUUAUGGUUAUAUGGUAUCUGCAUUUUAUCCACAUUCAUAUUAUCAUUAGGUAAUAAACCAAGGAGUACUGAAAUUUUUUAUGUUACAACGUUUGUUAUAUUUGCAGUUUUAAUGGGCUAUAUGAUCUUUUGUACUGUAUUUUUAACAGUUAAGGCAUUUGAAUCUAUACUGUUAGAUCAUUCGUUUACGGUUAAAAGCUUAUUGACUAGUGAUACAUUCCGUGACAUUGUAAUUAGUAUUGGUUCGACAUAUGCGUUGUAUUUAAUAAGUUCGAUAAUAUAUUUGCAACCUUGGCAUAUGGUUACAAGUUUUGCUCAAUAUAUUUUAUUAAGUCCAUCUUAUAUCAACGUAUUGAACAUUUAUGCAUUUUGUAAUGUCCAUGAUCUUUCAUGGGGUACUAAAGGUGCGGUAGCUAAACCGUUGGGUAAGAUUAACACACAAGCAGAUGGUACAUUUGAUAUGGAAAUAUUAAUCUCUAGUGAAGAGAUUCAAUUAAAUUAUGAGAAACAUUUUGAGAAUUUAAACAAACCAACAGCAAACGAAGAGGUUGAAGAAACUAUAAAUUAUGAAGAACGUAAAACCGGAUAUUAUGGCAAUAUAAGAUCAAUCAUCAUAAUUGUUUGGAUAAUGACUAAUUUUGCAGUAGUCGCAGCGGUAUUAGAAACCGGUGGUAUUGAUCAAUACAUUAGCAUGAGACAUAACAAGAAAAGUAAUGAGAUUACAGAAAAGUUGUUACCAAUUCAGUCAUCGUAUUAUUUUAAUAUAAUACUUUGGAUUGUUGCAUUUUUGGCAUUGGUUAGAUUUUUUGGAUGUUCUUUAUACUUAAUCUCUAGACCAUUUAAGAAGCUAUGGUUUAAAAGAACCGCCAGAAAUUCACCACCUGCAUCCUCUGUGUAG